GUCCUCCAGAUCCAGACUGUGAAACUCCAACUGUAUUUACUACAGCUGAAGCUGCAACAAACUUGGAUGGGGGAACAGGGUCUGUCUCUUCUCAAGAAGGAGUUGCUUCAUACAGUUACUCCCAGAAGGUAAUGCUGAAUUCUGCCAUCAUCUCAAACUCUUCCUGUGACAACACAGCUCCAAGCACCGCCUUUUCUUCCAGCUUGGCUGCUACCUCUCAAGUCAGUGGGACCGCCUCUACCCCCCAGAGUGGAGUGCAGCCUAUCUUGGUGUCCCCUUCUACCGUGGGAAGGCCAGUUGUCAUUCCUUCAGUACCGUACUCAUAUCAGUCGACUCCCCUUCCUCCUGGCAGUGAUGUGGGGGACAAUGGAGGUGUAACUCCUCCUUACUCCUGCGACCCAAGUGGUAGUGACCUUCCUAGAGAUCCAAAGAUUGUGCAGUAUUAUUUCAAUUUGGGCUUGCAGUAUUAUCACCAGACCUGUUGGAACCCUAUGAUGUAUGUCCAGCCAGUGCCGCAGUCCCCACACAUGGAAGCUUACCAGGCAUACACAGAGCCUGUCCCUGUCCCAGAUCAGUCGGUGGCACCAGCAUACCCUGAAGCUGGGAGGAGCGAUGUGCGCCAGGUUCCUGCAGACGCUUCAGCAAAUGGUAUUGGAGAGCCACCUCCUUCCCAUGGUGCCGUUUAUUAUCCGGUGGUAACAGAUCCCUACAGCCAGCCGACUCCGCCUAGUUUUGACGCUUGUCUCCCCGUAGCUCCUGCCUACCACUACAUCAGCCCCUGGUAUCCAGUGAAUCUACCCUAUGGGAAUUCCUCACGAAUCCACAAUGCCGUGAAUCCGGGCCACUUUCACCAAGUUGGUUAUGUCGCCUCUUCAAAUCCUGCACCGCAUUAUGUAGCUCAAAGUAUGUAG